AUGCACAAAAUGGAUCAGUUCCAAGAUGAUUUGAACGACUCUUAUAACUCUAACAUAUCCCACGAGGAGGAAGCAGUAUCUGUGGUUAUUGGCAUGACAGAAGAAGACCGUGAUGAACAAGAACAGAAGAAGCAAAAUGAAGAGUUGCUCCACAUUGUCAGGACCGAAAACCAGGCAGUUUUCUGUCUUCGAAGGACACUCCUCGUGUGCCUUCUCGUCUCUGCCAUAGCUUGUGCCUUGCUCGUGUUCCUGUACAGCUCCAAUGAGGAACAGGAAGCAUACAAUGAACAGUUCGACUCUGACGCACAGAAGCUCUUUGAUUCCAUUGGUACAAACUUUGACCUGACCAUGGGGACAGCGGAUGCUUUCAUGUUCCAAAUCAUCUCGCAGGCAAAGUCUACCAACACAGUUUGGCCUUAUGUCACGAUCCCUGAUCUUCCUCAGAAAAGUGCCAAACUCAUCAGCCAGACGGACUCCAUCUACAUGGCCUUUUAUCCACUCAUCACUGGGGAGAAGCGACAAGCGUGGGAGAACUUCACCAGGGACAACGAUGGCUGGGUGCAAGACUCCCUCAGAGUCCAAGCCAGAAACCCAAACUUCCAUGGGCCUGUCCUGGAAAACUACAACUACACUGUUAGUCAUGUCAUCUGGAAAAAUGAUGGACCAGAAAGCUAUGAGAAUGAGGGACCCUUUUUGCCUUCCUGGAUGGGAUCUCCUGUCAUUCCCUCCAUUUAUUACCCCUACAACUGGAACUCCCUUGCGUAUGAGGCAUUCUCCAAAGGGCUAGUAACCGGCAUGGAAACAUUAUCUGUGGUGGUUACUGCAGUAGCCAACCAUGCCGAUCCCAAUGAUCCUGUAGCUGUUGCCCAAGCUGCCACAAGUUCUGAUUGGGCCAUUCCCUAUCUUGAUAGCAAUGAAGACACCAAUGAGCCCUUUGCUGACAUGUACUACCCGGUGAUUGACUCCAUUGAUGAUGUACAAAUCAAGACUACUGAUCAAACCGAGGCACUGGGGUCAGUGGGUUUCACUUUCUACUGGAGGCAUGUACUGAAGGGCUCUCUGCCUCACAAAUCACAAGGAGUCAUUAUUGUGUUUCACAAUGACUGUGGUGACCAAGUCUUUACAUACCAGAUUGACGGGAAGGAGCCCACCUUCCUUGGGUUUGAAGACCUUCAUGACCCCCAGUACGACAAUAAGGCUAUGACCCGCAAUCUUAAUCAACUCAUCAACGUGAAUGGCAUCUACUCUGGACUACCUAUGAACGAUGAGUUCUGUCCCUACACACUCACCAUCUAUCCAUCCUCCACCAUGAAAGACAUGUUUGUGACAAAAGACCCAGUCAUCUAUGCCAUUGCUGUCACUGUGAUCUUCCUCUUCACCACUCUGACAUUUAUAUCCUAUGAUUGGUUUGUAAAUCGACGUCAGAAUCUCAUCAAGAAGAGGGCUCUAGCUUCUGGAGAGAUUGUGGCUUCUCUUUUCCCAGAGCAAGUUCGUAAUCAACUCUAUCAAGACAAGGCAGGAAAGGAUGGUCGUAACUCUAGAAACCCUUUUGGAGAGUCACGAUCCUUGCUCGCGACUUCCAAUCUUGGGAAAAAUUCAAGCAACAGGGGAGGAAAUGGCAGUCCCAAUGCACACCUCUACAAAGAUACCUCCAUCUUCUUUGCUGAUUUAGUUGGAUUCACCAGCUGGAGCAGCACCCGGAAACCCGAAGAGGUCUUUGAGCUCCUUGAGACAUUGUAUGGAGAGUUUGACAAGAUUGCCCGCAGACGCAAUGUAUUCAAAGUUGAGACAAUUGGGGAUUGCUAUGUUGCUGCCACAGGAAUCCCAGAUCCCCAACCACAGCAUGCCGUUAUCAUGGCAAAAUUUGCUCAGGAAUGCUUGGAGAAGAUCCAUGUUGUGACACAAGAACUAGCAGGGAAGCUAGGAGAGGACACCAUGGACUUGGCCAUGCGUGUGGGAGUUAACAGUGGCAGCACUACAGCAGGUGUUCUUAGAGGAGAGAAGGGUCGAUUUCAGCUUUUUGGUGAUACUGUCAACACAGCUGCAAGAAUGGAAAGCAAUGGAGUCAAGAAUAGGAUCCAGGUCUCUCAGGCCACUGCAGAUGAACUGAUCAAGGCUGGGAAGGGUGGUUGGUUAAUCCCGCGAAAGGAAUCAGUCGUGGCAAAAGGCAAGGGUGAAAUGAAAACCUACUUUGUCACGGUCAAACGGAGCAAUAACACAGCAUCAGUAGUGAGUGAUCCCAUCGGAGAUAGCUCUUCUGCAAUGGGUCGGCUCCGGAACAGGAGUAACCUUGAUGACAUCCCGAGCCUUCUUCCAAUUGAGCACACUAUUGAAGUUGUUCCAUUACAUGGCUUCAGGUGCUUCUAG